GACUUCUCUCUAGCCUGACAAAAUGUGUGACCAGUUUGUGGGCACCUGGAAGCUCCUUUCUAGUGAAAACUUUGAGGACUAUAUGAAAGAGCUGGGUGUGGGGUUUGCUACCAGGAAAAUGGCUGGUGUGGCCAAGCCCAAUGUAACUAUUAGCAUCAGUGGUGAUGUGGUAACCAUCAAAACAGAAAGUACCUUCAAAAAUACAGAGGUGUCUUUCAAGCUGGGUGAAGAGUUUGAUGAGACUACAGCAGAUGACAGAAAAACAAAGAAUGUCAUAACCCUAGACAACGGCAUACUGAACCAGGUGCAGAAGUGGGAUGGAAAAGAGACUAUCAUAAAGAGAAAAGUGGUGGAUGGGAACCUGGUGGUGGAAUGCACCAUGAAUAAUGUUACCUGCAAAAGAGUUUAUGAAAAAGCAUGA